AUGGCCGGGGCGGAGUCCGGCGCUUUCCCGGCCGACGACGGGAUGCGGCUCGACGAGCGCUGGGCGUCCGCGGUGGGCUCGGCCGUGCGCGACAUCCAGAUCUCUCCCCAGGGCGUGGUGGCCGUGGCCACGGAGUCGAUGAUCCGGCUGUACGUGGGCGGGGGCGACUUUGAGCUGCGCCACGAGCUGCCGACCGCCCCCGCUGCCAUCACCGCCUUUGCGUUCUCGCGCAGCGGCGAGGAGGUCAUAAGCGGCGCCAGCGAUGGGUUUCUGAAGUGGUGGGAUGUCCAUGGCGGAGAGGAGACCUGCUCGACCCAAUUUCCGGCGGGAUGCGGGGAGGAGGGGGAGGAGGAGGGGGGCGCUCCCGCGGUGUCCGCGCUGGCGUGCUCGAAGGAGGGCGAGCUGGUCGCUGCCACGGGCGGGCGGAGCGUGUGCAUCUUCGGCCACGGCGGCGUGCACCUGCACACGAUCGAGCCCCUGAUCUCGGCGGUGGUGGCGAUGGAGUGGCGGUCGGGCUAUGAGCUGGCGGUGAUCGUGGGCUCCGGCAUCCAGAUGUUCGGCAUAACGGAGGAGCAGUUCGAGUUGGGCGCGGGCCUGAGUGCGGAGGACGACGGCGGCACGCUCACCGCCGUGGCGUCCGCCCCUGGAGGCAAGCUGCUGGCCGCGGGCUGCAGCAACGGAUCGGUUCAGAUAUGGAACCUGGAGAAUGAUGAAGACCAUAGCCUGGUGUCUGUGAAGGGCAUCCAGAACACUUACGACGCAGAGGUGGGCUGCCUUGCUUGGGAUGAGAGUGGGAGCUUCUUGGCUACGGCUGGUGGCAGCGAAGUUAUUGUGUGGGAUAUGGGCAACAGUGCCUCAGAUCCUAGGGAUGGAAAAGAUGACUACAUCGUGUGCAUUGGCCACGAGAAGAAAUCGAAGAUAACUGCAUUGGCGUUUCAACCGUCUGGCAAGCUUUUGGUGAGAAGGCCACCGUAG